GACGGGGGUUUGGGGCGGGGUAGGCACGACGGGGGUCUCGUCGUCGGAUUCACGAUGGCAGGCUCCCCAUCGUGGGCACGAUGGCGCCGUCGAGGUCACGACGAUGGCCCACGAUGGCGUCCAUCGUGGUCACGACGGGAGCCUCCCAUCGUGAUCUCGACAGUCCGCCUACCCCGCUUCGUUUUUUUUUUUUUUUUUAUUGUUGUAUUAUUUGUUUCAAAUACAUGAUUAUCUUUCUAAUUUGUUUUUAAUACAUUGAUUUUGUAGAUUAAUUGUGAUUGGAAAAGGCCUACAUUGAUCUACGUGACCCGUGGAGUUAAUCUUUAUAUGAGGACCGAUAUAUUGAAGGAGGUCAAGAAUGUUUUACUUGAUAAAGGCGGUCCGUUGGCUCUAGAGAGAUUUAAAGAAGGCGUAGUAGGACGGUUGAUUGAUAUCAAGAGAAACCAUAGUGCAAGUAAUGCUCUACAUCACUUGCUAGCUCGUCAAUUGAAAGGUAGCGAUAUACCAUGUGACGAGUCUUGGUUUCAAGUUGGUGGACAGACCAUUCGAUUUAGGCCGACGGAGUAUGCCCUUGUCACGGGACUUCACUUUGGCAACAGUGAUUUUGAUCCAUAUGCAAAACACAAGCCUCCACGGAAUGGUAUAUUCAAUCGAUUCUUCAAUGGUGUAUCCACGAAGGUGCAUGUGUUGCGCAAGAGAUUCAAUGAGAAGAGCCUUGGCAAGGAUGUGGAAGACUAUUUGAAGGCUGCCAAUCUUUUGGUGUACUAUCUAUUCCUCCUAUGUCGGGAUAAUCCAGUGAUCGAGGAUUGGGCAUGGACAUUAGUUGAGGAUUUUGAGCGUUGGGAUGCCUUUCCAUGGGGCUCAUACACGUAUGGCGCAUUGUCUUACUACAUAGACACUGUUGGGAUUGCCCCGGACCAAGCUGAAAAAGAUUACCACUUUUAUGGUCCGGUUUGGGCCUUACAAAUUUGGUCGUACGAGGCCGUUCCAGAUUUGGGAAGCCAAUGUGGCUUUCGAGAGCGCGAGGAGAUAUUGCCUCGUUGUUUGAGAUGGAGCACUCGACAGAUGAGGAAGAUUGAUUUUGCAACUUUUUUAGAGAAGCGGCGGCCGGUAUAUCCUGUGUUGGAAGCUACAUCUAGUGAGUUAGAUGAGUACUAUAUGAUGAGCUUCGACAAUGGGGAUAUGUUUGAUGUUCGUUUCGAGGCUCCUGUACGCGUUGCCUCAAGAUAUGAGACAACAUUGAAGGCGCCUGUACAGAAAGCACGACGCGGGACGAAGCGCCCCCGACAGAGCACUCCACUUCUCACUCCAACAGAGGGGGGAGAGAGAGCUAGAGUGUGUUGUGUGCACGGACGGCCUUGCCCAGACAACGAAGGGGGCACUGACAGGGGGCAUGAUAUCGAGGACAGAUUGAGGGCAGUUAUCGAUGAUAGAUUGAGGGCAGUUUUGACUGAUGAUUCUGAUACAGGCUUUCUUGCUGUAUUGAGAGCAGUUAUCGAUGACAGAUUGAGGGCAGUUUCCGGCCGGAGGCGUUCUAGGAGUCCUCCACUCUUCCGGGAAGAGGAUGUUAUCUCCCACCACUCUCAGAGUCGCUCCCGCCAGCCACAGCCUCAGCAUGUCGCUGCCGAUGAGGCCUUUUCUUUGCAGCCUCAGCACGUCCCCACCGAGGUCGGUACUUCUUUGCAGCCUCAGCAUGCCCCCACCGAGGAGGCUAUUGUUUUUCAGCCUCAGGACAUACCCAUCGAGGAGGUUACUGCUUUUCAGCCUCAGCACAUACCCACCGAGACCAGUGCUUCUUGGGAGCCUCAGCACGUCCCCAACGAGGCCGGUACUCCUUUGCAGCCCCAGCAUGCCCCCGCCGAUGAGGCUAUUGUUUUUCAGCCUCAGGACAUACCCAUCGAGGAGGUUACUGCUUUUCAGCCUCAGCACAUACCCACCGAGACCAGUGCUUCUUGGGAGCCUCAGCACGUCCCCAACGAGGCCGGUACUCCUUUGCAGCCCCAGCAUGCCCCCGCCGAUGAGGCUACUGCUUUGCAACAGUUUACCAACCUCUUCAAGUCUGUGGUACCUGUGUCGCACUCUCCUAUCAAGGGAGCCUCUUACCAGACCUAUAUCCCAUAUGAUAAGGUUUGUACCUUACAUUCUCCUGACAAGGCCAAGAAAGCGUCUAAGCCACAUGAUAAGGUACAAACAUCUGAGCCUAGUGUUGAUUUGGAUGAUCUCGAGGAGUUUGGGGAGGAUGAGGAUGAGGACACGGGCGAUAAGAGUUUGGGGCCUCGAGAGCGUAGACCGUCUGCUGCUAUUCGGACUCCUUUUAAGGGUCAAAGUCCGUCUACUGCUGAGGUAUUGAGGACUCAGUACAGAAAAUUCAGAAUUAGUGGACCUAAUUCCAUUGCAGUUGUGACUGCGACAGAAGCUCCUUUAAAUCAAGAGUUCUUCGAUGAUCUUGAGAAUACUGACAUGGACUUCACCCAAGAUGUCAUAGACCAAUACGUGCUUUUUAUUCGGACACGUCUUGGGAUAGCCAAAGAAAAAAACAUGUCUACUACUUUAGUCAUCGGCACUGAUUUUUAUGUUGUAUUGCAUGCCGAGCUUACCCGACUGCAUCCAAAGGAUCCCAAUUUUAAGAAGGUGAAGGGAAAGCCAACAUAUCCCAAAUGGACUUUACCUGAAGGACUCGAACGCUUGGUUAAAGGGCUAGAUACGACAAAUUCAACUCCGUGGUGGAAUGUAGAUUUUAUUGUUGCAAUUUGUCUUGUGGGCAAAAAUCACUGGGUCACUGUGCGAAUUCGACUUGUUGAUUGGAAGGUCGAGUUGUAUGACUCAUUGUCACACCUGUUUGAUGAAGGCAAGGCUUCUGUGCGCGACGAUGAGAUGAAGCCCAUUACUCGUCUCAUGCCUCGUCUAUUAGAGCUCUCCGGUUAUUGGGAGAACACAACUCGGAUAAAGAGAGAAGACGAGAUGGAGCUUCGUAAGAUGCCGAGUAGUGCCCAGUUCGCCCAGGUCGACAACCACAGUUGCGGCCCUUUCGCUUGCAUGUAUCUUGAUCGUUUAGUUGCCACUCCUGACAAAAAGCUGAGACAUUCGGAACAAAUCAACGAAAAAUAUAUCAAGAAGUAUAGGUGGAUUGUAGGAUCUAGAAUAUUUUGUCUCACUCAAAUUUGA